AUGAGACUCUAUUCCCUUAUUUCUGUUCUCCUCCUGUUUGUGACUAUAAUACCAAAAGGAAACACUGGUGUUAUUCCAGGGCAGAAGCAGUGUAUUCUUUUGAAAGGGCGGUGCAAAGAUGGUGGGUGCACCUCCACAGAAGACACCAUUGGCAUUUGCAAUGAUGAAAAAAAAUGUUGUAGGAAAUGGUGGAUAUUCAAUCCCUACCCAACGCCAGUUCCCAAAGGAAAAUCUCCCUAG